AUGGCUAAGGCAACUUCUUCACUUGUGUUCCCCAUCAUCUUCCUUAAUAUGGGUUGUGAAGCGGCUUUCUGGCUUUGUGAUAGUCACUGCGGAUCAAAAUGCAUCGCUAACUUUGGACCAAAAGCAACAUGGCAUUGUGAAAGAGAGACUAAUAAUUGUAUUUGUACCUUUCCUUGCCCUACAGUUGAUAAAACUCAUAUUUGA